AUGCCUCUACAGUCUUACACUCCUUCACUCUCCGACCCGCUCGACUCCUCCCGUCCCCCCUCUAGCCUCGUCAGGCCAUACUCCAGCUCGACCCCCUCUUCUGGCCCAGCACAGACGAGGGCAAAUGUAGUUUUGCGUUGGCAAUUUGGUCCACUCCACCGUUCGUUCUUAUCUGUGGGUUUGCCAGUCAGCUGGCGCAUAAAAGAAACGGACAUUGGGCAAAAUGUGCAGUUAGGCCCGUGGCUUGGGCAAGUGGGCAAGCUUGUUGAGCGAAAAAUGGCAGGUAUUUCUGCCUGCUUGCCUGAAUGUGGUGUGUUGCAGUGUGGUGCUCCCCGUUUGUGGGAGCUGUACCACCCGUCAGGGCAUCAGAUCAGCACCCGCCCACCUCCCUUGGCCGCGAGGGGAAACUGUUCGCGUCGGGUCGUCGUUGUGCCAGCCUCAGAGGCUGGUGUAGCCGGUGUGGCGGCCUCUAGACGGCACUACAAAGGCAGAAGAGCCGGACGACCGACGAACUUGGCCCUGGCUCGUGGGCAAAUGACCGUUGUCGGUUGGGGAUGCGCUCAAAUUCGUCGACGUCUCAACCCGCCUGGGCAACGUCGUGACGACUCAACUGGAAAUGCGUCAAUCGGUAUCGUUCCAAAGACUCUGGCCUUAUCAGGAAAUCUGGACUCAGCGGUCACCGAUUAA